AUGGGCAACACCAUUUCCGACUUGACACCUACGCCAUUGCCUGCAAACACGGUCGCAACAUCCUACAACCACAAUGGAAACUACAUUAUCCAGUCAACGCUCGGCAUCGGAAUACAUGGCAUUGUGUAUCGUGUCGCUCACUCGAAAUCCAACAGACUCUUUGCAAUGAAAGUGCUGCAGACAACAACAUCAGCCCAACUGCGGCGUUUCCGCGAAGAAGCCACUAUUCUGGCAAUGUUGUCGCAUGCCAACAUCGCUAUCUUGGAAGAUAUAGGCGGCGUACCUGAUCCUAGUUCUGGAUCUUGGAACGCGUGUAUCUUGACCGAACUUGCGGCCUACAAUCUCGUUGACUUCUACACGACUUACUCUUCGCUGGGCAUAUCUGGGUUGGAUGAAGCACUCGCACAGACAGUGGCUCAUCAACCUCUAUCUGCAUUGACGUAUCUCCACGAACAAAACUUUGUACACAGAGACAUCAAACCAGCCAACAUUCUUGUCUUCUGGACUGCUCGAUCUUCCUUACUCUACAAACUGUCUGACUUUGGUCUUGCUGCCCACUUCCACGAGGACGAGAGUGUCCCUGCUCCUGUUGCUCGCUACACGGCUCCUGAGCUUCUUCUUCAGGGUCACGACCCGCAGCAAAUGUCCAAGGCAGAUGUCUGGGCUUUGGGUAUGGUGUGCAGGGAUCUGUGUACUCAGGCGCUUCUUCAUCCGCAUACAGAGACUAGAGCUCCAGGUCUGUGGGCAACAGAGACGACGGAUUGGAUGUUGAGAGAAGACGUUACAAGUAGACCUACAGCGAGGGAGUGUAGGGAAGCUGUAUGGGUGAGACAAGGAGACAGGAUGCCGAGUGGCCUUUUGAAAGUAUUGAGGCAACAGUCGGGCCUACACCCAAGCGAGCCGAAUGGGACGAGUGAUGAUAUGGAGAUGUGA